AUGCUCAAUUAUGGCCGGUACGCCCUUCGAUCGGCCUUCAUCACCAUCACAUGGAUUCCCGUAGCAUUGACAUUCUCCGAACAUGUAUGCUACGUCGCCAAAGUAGAAGGCGCAUCCAUGCGCCCCACGUUAAACCCAAGCGACCCAGUCAGAAAUGAAUCAGACUGGGUCCUACUAUGGAAGUUCAACCUCAAACAGGCAAAGAACUGGAAAGAAAAUGACGUUGUCCUAUUUAAAUCACCAAUGGACCCGAAAAAGGUCUACUGCAAGCGUGUCAAGGGUAUGCAGUUCGACCAGGUCCGAACCAGAUCCCCGUACCCAAAGGAAACUUGCCUGGUGCCCAGAAACCAUCUUUGGGUCGAAGGUGACAAUGUGUACCAUUCCGUAGAUUCGAAUAACUUUGGCCCAAUCAGUACCGGACUAGUGUUGGGCAAAGCAGUUUGCAUCGUAUGGCCUCCUUCUAGAUGGAGCAACGAUUUGAACAUGAGUAACGGACGGGGCGAUAUCAAAGUCUUCCCAGUGGACCCACAGGACUGA